UUCUAAAGAUGGCACUGCCUGGCUACUGGUUUCAACAACUACGUAGAUCCAACUGAAUCCCUAAAACUAGGCUAAUACAGUUAUAAAUAAUCGUGAAUGCCUGGAACUUCUCUAUAGUAAAAUAUUUAUAUCUACUCGUGUGAUUAUAUCUGCUCGAUCAAAAAAUCAUAAACGUGCCUGCAUAAUGACUGAGGUGAAGAAACAAUUGCAAGUUCUUGCGUUACAUGGAUAUUACCAGUCGGACGUUGUCUUCAGAGGAAAAAUUGGUUCUCUGCGAAAAGCAUUCAAAAAAGAAAUCAACUUCACAUUCCUGAGAGCUCCGCACAAGGUGCCUCGAGACCCGAGCGGUAAAGAAGCAGAAGAAGGUGCCGAAGCAUAUGGCUGGUGGUUCAACAACAAAAAUUCAGAAUUCAAAGCAACUGUGGGCAGCCCUGAAUGUGUCGGAUUAGAAGAAAGUUUACGAUUGGUCGAGAAAUGUUUUGAAGAAAAAGGCCCUUUUGAUGGAAUACUUGGUUUUUCACAGGGUGCAGCUUUUUCUGCAAUUUUGUGCGCAAUGCAACAGCAAAAAUUGUCUCCGAUUAGGUUUAAUUUCGCCAUUCUCAUAUCGGGAUUUAAGUCACUUUGUGAGCCACAUUCCGUAUUUUACAACCAACAGUUUAGUCUACCCAGUCUUCAUAUUUAUGGAACUACAGACCAAAUUAUUCCUACUGAAAUGGCUGAAGAUUUGGCAUCACUAUUCACCGAUGCAACCAGAUUGACCCAUGACGGCGGUCACUUUAUUCCAAGCCGAAAGCAUUUGUACAACGAUUUCAUUCAGAAGAUGCUCACAAUAAAAGACGAUUCUGCUAACGGAUCGGUGUAAUUUACACUUGUGAGCAUACGUGGAUGUGAACUUCACGAAUUGGCACUUGAAGGUCGCUAGAUCUUUUCUAUUCAAGACUUGCUCCCGACAGCACGUACCUCGAUACUUAUACAAGUCAACAACAUGGAUGACAUUCUUCGAACUAGUGCGAUCGAAAAUCUGGAUUACAGUAAUGCUGGAAAUUAUUGCCAAUUCAGUGAUAUUUAACUGAAUACCAGACUCGCUUGUACAUGCAUCUAUAUUGUAUUUGUUUUCAUACAUUAAUUAAUAUAGAGGCAUGUACACGUGAAUAUAAAACUCCCUCUGUCUCAACUAA